AUGGAUAUCUUCAAGAUUUUGUUAAUAUGCAGAGUGUUAUCCUAUGUCGGGGCAGAAAUUCAGAUGUUAAUCAACCCUGUGAAUUUGCCUGAAAAUCAGCUUCCUGGAACAGAACUAAGCCGUGCUUAUGACAAAGAUGUGGCUGGAAAAUCAAAUGCCUACCGCUUUUUGAAUAUAUCGAAAGAUUUUGUCAUCGACGCAUACUCUGGCGUCAUCACAUCUACAAAAGUCUUUAAUUAUGAAAAAGAUUCAACCAGAUUUCUGCUUAUAAUUGAUACUGGAGGAGACAUGAGACAUGUUUUGACCGUUAAUAUAGUUGAUGUUCCAGAACCUCCAGACUGUACCGUUGACCCCCUCUUUUCUUCUGGCUCAGCUACCUUUGAAAUUGCUGAGGACUAUCCGCUCUUUCAACCCAUUUAUAAAGUGACUGUCACAGAUGAAGACAUUCCACAUGGUGACAAAGUGACAUACACCAUUGAGACAGAGUUAUCUGGACCAAAGAGGGGAGCAAACUCCUUUGGAGUAGACCCUGUAAAUGGUGUUGUUAGCGUAAGAGGUGAAGAUGUCUUGGACUUUGAUGCUGGAUAUCAUACGUUCCAGCUUUCAGUAAGAGCAACAGAUACAACGGGUUUGUUCUGUCAAGGGACACUAAUUAUAAAUAUUAGAAACACAAAUGAUGAGACACCUCAAUUUGAGCCAUUUCCUACGGAUUCAAUUAAUGUGACUGAAAAUAAACCCAUUGGAGAUUUCGUAGCAAGAGUAAAAGCCACAGACCGUGAUGAAGACAGCACCAUUGUGUAUUCCUUUAAAACCCAGCAGGAAAUAUUCGGUUUAGACUCUUUCACAGGUACAAUCACUGUGCUUCAACCUCUGAAUCUUGACAAUCCACGGAACUCCAGAAUAUACUCUUUGGAAGUUGAAGCCACAGACAAUGGCAAUAACACUAGCUCCUAUAUGUUCACAGUUUUUGUGGAAGAUGUUGACGAUCCUAUUUACUGUGAUCCAAGGUUUUCAACGGGCGCAGGUGUGUCAGUGUCUGUUGCCGAAAAUACCCCUUCAUCUGCUUUUAUAUACGCAAUUCUUUCAAGAGAUCCAGAUCUUGGACAAGAGGUUGAACUUUUCCAGUUUAUAAUUGCUGUGAGAAAUAGGGACAGCUUGUCUCUGGAGUCAUGCAUUGGCACCAUUACUAUAAACAUUCAAAAUGUUAAUGAUGAGAGUCCUGAUCUGAUAUACAGACCAGAUGCACCUAUAAAUAUUAAUGAAAAUCUGCCUGUUGGAACAAAGUUGGCCAAGUUCACAGCAGCAGAUAGAGACAUAGGAGAUGCAGUACAUUAUGAGUUUAUAGGACCACAGAAAGAGUUUGCUAUAAAUGAAGACUUUGGAGAAGUCACUGUUGCCUAUCCACUAGACUAUGAAGAUGACACCGUCCCGAAAUCUUGGGUAUUAUAUGUUAGAGCUUACGACAAUGGGCGAACACAUUCAACAACGGGGACACUCACAGUGAUUCUACAGGAUGUAAAUGACAACGCUCCGAGAUGCUCACAGGAUAUUUAUGUAAUUGAGCUUCCUGAGAACAUUCCAGUUGACACCCAUUUAAUCUCCCUAACUUGUACAGAUCAAGAUGGAACUGCUCCCAAUAACAACAUAAGUUAUCAUUUGAUUAAAGACUCUUUUUCCAACAGUACCUUUACUCUCACAAAUAGUGAACUGAAAAUUGGACCUCUGCAUCUAGAUUAUGAUAGUAUGAUUUUUGCAGGAAUGGACUUUAAACACACAUUGCUUGUAACAGUGUCUGAUGGAGGAAUUCCUGUACUCUCAACCAUUAUUAGAAUCAUAUUAAGGGUAAGCCGUAUAAAUGAAGUGAAUCCUAUUGGAUCUAUGAUGCCAUUUACCUUCAGCAUAUAUGAAAACAGUCCAACUGAUACACUAGUUGGAAAAAUUACAUUUACAGAUGGAGAUUGGCCAUUUAACAAUAUGCAAUAUACCAUUGUCGGAGGUAACUUUGGGAUACCUCCAAAAUUUUACAUCGAAACAGAUACAGGAAUGAUAAAGCUGCUGAACUCGCUCGACCGGGAAGUGUCUUCUGAGUAUAAGCUAGCUGUGAGAGUCACAGAUGUGGCAAAUGAUGCUCUCCCUGAUCCCCUCAGGCAGAGAAGUGCUACAGCUCAGGUGACCAUCCAUGUUCUGAAUGUUAAUGAUGAGCCUCCUGUAUGCACACCACCACAUUUAGAAACUCAGAUUUAUGCCAACUUUAGGGGUCCUUUCAUUCGCCUCAAUUGUGUAGACAAGGAUUCUCCACAGGAUCAGCUAAGCUAUUCAGUCACAGAAGGAAAUACAAACAAUCAGUUCACACUUUGGAGAGAAGGUGCUGAGUUGCCAUUUCUGGCCACCGCGCAGGAUUUCCAGUAUGAUCUGUUUCAAGGAACGAAAGAUGUAGUGACUUUCCAGUUACUGAUUGAAGUCACUGAUGAAUUGGGUGGGAAUGAAGCUAGUCAGCUGACAGCCACUAUGACAGUCAUAAUUCAUGUGCUUCCCUGGACCACAACACAGCCAACGUCUUCCACAAAAACAGCUACAACAACUAUUACCACCUCCGUCUUAAGGAAGAUCUCAUACUACUGGAGGCCCGACAGCUGGUUUCCAGCAGUGCUCACUCUGACAGCAGCUCUCUUUGUGGCUUGUCUCUACGCAGUUGCCUGGUGCCUCUUCAAAGAGGUUCCUGCCUGCUCAAGACUAUUUCCUCACUGUCACAGGCAUCAGAGUCAACCAAGUCUCACUGAAAAGCAACCUGUACAGGAACUAAGAUGGAAGAAAAACUUGAAGAAGGUAGAAUUGCCACCCACUUUUCAAGGGUUUGACACUGAUGUCUGUGAGAAGUCAAGGGACAGUGAUGUUAUAUGUGGAGAAGGAGAAAUGAUGGUGGGCAUUGCAGGGAUAGCUUUCAAGUCUCCUUUGCUCAUUCUUUAG